AGAAGCUAAGGAGGGCCACCGCCGGCCGCAAGGCAGAUGGGUGACCCUCACCCCCCCCGCCACAUGGCUCAGGAGGAGCCGCCCGGCGGCGAGCGCAGGCGCCGCAGCGCUCCCCUCAGCGCCAUGGCUGGCGGGGGGCCGGCUGCGGUGCUCGGCGCCAUCGCCUGCCUCUGCUUCCUGGCCCCGGCGGCUGCGGGAUUCAGGAGGAGGGGGCCCAGCGUGACAGCCAAGGUCUUCUUUGACGUGAAGAUUGGAGACAGAGAUGUUGGCAGAAUUACAAUUGGAUUGUUCGGAAAGGUUGUCCCCAAAACUGUGGAGAACUUCAUUGUACUGGCAACUGGAGAAAGAGGAUAUGGAUACAAAGGAAGUAAAUUUCAUCGUGUGAUCAAAGACUUCAUGAUUCAAGGAGGGGACUUCACAGCUGGAGAUGGAUCAGGAGGAAGAAGCAUCUAUGGAAAAAAAUUUCCAGAUGAGAACUUCAAGCUCAAACACUAUGGAAUUGGAUGGGUUAGCAUGGCUAAUUCUGGCCCAGAUACCAACGGAUCCCAGUUUUUCAUCAGUGUGACAAAGCCUUCUUGGUUAGAUGGAAAACAUGUAGUAUUUGGCAAAGUCCUUGAUGGAAUGUCUGUGGUGCACUCAAUAGAACUUCAGCAGACAGAUGAACAUGACCGCCCCCUUCAAGACUGUGUGAUUGUGAACAGCGGCAAAAUAGCUGUAAAAGAGCCAUUUGUAGUUGAAGUAGAUGGCUGGUGAGACCAACAGUUGAAAUGGAAAGUAAAAUUUAAUUCUUCGGGGCCCAAAUUUUUGACUGACCUCGAUUAUGCAUUGAGUUUUCUCCUUAAAACACAUGAGGCUAUGUGUAGACAAUGCUUAUCAUUUGCCACGUAUAUAAUAGAUAGGGCUGUUUCUGUAAUAAUUUGAUGGACCUGUUACACCUUGAAAAUCAAGACAUAUUCAGCUAAAUCCUAAAUCUUGCAGAAAAGGUCUCUCAUGAAAAUUUUAGAAGUACCUCUGUUUUUUUUUCAAGGUUUGAAACAGUCAUUUUGUUUUCUUUGGAAAUUUUUGCAAUUUUUGUUUCCACCUUUUCAACUGAAAAUGUUAUUUUCUGUAAAAGUAUCAGCUUCUUUUAAAUACAUUUCUUGGGGUGGGGGAAUAAAAUGUUUUGAAUAAAUAAACUUGGAUUUCAAAUGAA